UGAAAACACGGCAUCGGUAUUACAAUUACAAACUCGAGCAAUAAUCGAUGGCAGCAGCGAAGCCAUUGCCAUCGUCUCUCCAAACUCACAAAAUUCUCUCUUCAUGCAACCAAAUUUCACCUUCUCUUCUCCAUUUCCGUCAACGUUACAGCAACCCAAUAAGCCAACAACCGCAACAAAGGCGAAAGCAUUCAAGCUCCUUCAAUGGCGCCUACAGCUUGGUUAUCAAAGCUUACAUGGAAAACCCAAACUCCAUCUCUGGUUUCGCUAACAAAGUCAUCGGUUCUCUCCCUAUUAUUGGGCUUGUCGCUAGGAUUCUCAGUGAUGAAGGCGGUGUUGGUGGGGAUCUCAUUGAUUUUGCCGAAUUUAGAAGAAGGGUCGGCAAGAAAUGUACAGUUACUGAUUCCAGAGCCUUUUAUGAGUUCCAAGAGAGGAGAGGCCGGGCAGGGGAUCCUUUGUAUGUUCUGCUAUGUUGUUGGCUAGCAGCAGUCGGUGCUGGUCUUCUUAAAUCGGAGGAGAUAUUGGAGGGAGUGGCAAGGCUUCGGAUUUCGAAUGAUAUUGAGUUUGAAGAGCAGAAUUUUAUUGCAAUGAUGAAUGAAGCAAGAGAGAGGCGAGCGAAGUUGAAUGUGGGUGCCCCAACUCUUCCGGUAGAGAUUCGAGCUGAAAAGGCCCUCGAUGCAAUUUACGUAUGUUGCUUCGGGAGAGUUCCGAUAGGAGACGAAGACAAGAGCUUGCUAGAUAUUAUGCUAAGAGCGGUUUUCCCAACUGUUGAGCAAUCAACAAUUCGAAAAAUCAUCAAUGACAAGGCAAUCGAAGUAGCAGAAGGUGGCGAUGAUGCAGACAUUGUUCCUGAGCCAAAGCCAUUGUCAAAGGAAGCUGUACAAAUGCAAAUGAAAGACCUUGAAUUCCUUAAACAAAACAAAGAGACAUGAACGAAACCGAUUUUAACGGAAAGCGGGACGGAGACUGAAGGUAAGAAAAUGAUUCGAUGAUAAGGAAAUCAUCGAACACUUCCCUGAAAAUAUAGAUCCUUCAUGUUCAGAUCGCUCUCGUUCGAAGAUAAAACGUGGUGGUUUUAACUCAGCCUUCCCUUUUCCCUUUUCUCUGUUUAUGUAUUGCUUUUGUUGUAAUUUGAAACUCAAUCUUUUGGUGCAAGAUUUUGAACAAUAGCCACCAGUAAAGGCA